AUGACGUGCCAGCCCGGGCGUGGGGCGGGGCAGCUCGUCGCACAGGACGACCCACCGUGGAGUGGGGGAGUGGCCAGCAGCUACUACGUCGGCGAGCCGCUCGGCUUCCCGCAGCGGCCGCCCGGGGUGCACAGCGCGCUGGCGGCGGCCCCGCCGGCGGCGGCGCCCGCGCGGUCCGCGCCGGGGCCCGAGCAGCAGACGCCGCCGCUGGGCCUCGCGCGGCCGCCGCUGCCGGACGUCAGCCUCGUCUCGGACGACCCACCGUGGAGUGGGGGAGUGGCCAGCAGCUACUACGUCGGCGAGCCGCUCGGCUUUCCGCAGCGGCCGCCCGGGGUGCACAGCGCGCUGGCGGCGGCCCCGCCGGCGGCGGCGCCCGCGCGGUCCGCGCCGGGGCCCGAGCAGCAGACGCCGCCGCUGGGCCUCGCGCGGCCGCCGCUGCCGGACGUCAGCCUCGUCUCGGAGGGCGCGAUUGGUUCCGUGGCGAUGCAGACGGAUAGCGACGGCAACACCGCUUGCCAUCGGUGCGGCCAACAGGAGGUGCUCCACAGGUGUGGCCAUUCGCGGUGCGUCACGCCGACGUGCAGGCCCGCGUGGUUCCAGGAGAUGGAGGCCAGGCAGUGGCUUGUGCAGAGGACGCUGGAGCGGAUGCUCGACGCGCCCCUGUUCGAGACCCUGGACCGGUGCGAGGACUGCCGGCCGGAGGGGCGGUGCCUCCGGGGCGACGCCGACGCCCCGCGGUAUUGCAACUUCGUGUUCAAGCGGGGCUCCUGCAGGUUCGGCUCCAAGUGCACCUUCUGCCACCUGCACGGCCGCGGCGUGACCCACCAGAGCUGCGGCUGCGCCGAGGAGGGCGCCGAUCGGCCCGAGGCCGCCGCGGCCGACGAGGCACUGCCGAGCGGCGGAGGCCCCGCGGUGGCGGCCCGCGCGCGCAGCCUCAGCGCGCCGCCGACAAUCCCCCUUUGCCUCUCCGAUUGGUCGGCCUGUACUCGGCGUCGCGCGGGCACCCGCGCUGCGGGUUGGCCGGAGAAGGCCUCGCAGCGGGUGGCGCCGUGGAGGACGUCCCGCCAGAGUACUCGGGCUACAGCGUGGGCGGGUGAGGCGCGCUCAUGCGCGGCGUAA